AUGGAUGUGAAAAAUGCUUUUCUUAAUGGAGAUUUGAAACAACAAUUCUAUAUGAAACCCCCUCCGGCUUAUUCUUGUCCUUCUGGAAAAGUUUGUCUCCUUCGCAAGGCACUCUAUGGGCUUAAGCAAGCCCCUCGUGAAUGGUUCGACAAGUUCAGCACUACCAUAUGCGGUCUUGGUUUCACUUGCAGUCCUCAUGAGAAUGCUCUCUUUAUUCGUAAAAGUGAUCGUGGAGUUGUUUUUCUACUUCUGUAUGUUGAUGACAUGAUCAUUACCGGAGAUGACACUGAUGGUAUCUCUGAUCUUAAAGUGUCCCUUCAACGAACUUUUGAGAUGAAAGAUCUUGGUUCUCUCAGCUAUUUCCUUGGCCUAGAAGUCAUAUCCACCGAUGAUGGCAUCUAUCUCUCUCAAGCUAAAUAUGCUUUAGAUCUUCUUGCUCGAGCCGGAAUUACAGAUAGUCGUACUGAGUCUACUCCUCUUGAGCCUAAUCUAGUUGGAGGACUCGUCUACUUAACUAUCACCCGACCAGACAUCGCCUAUCCAGUUCAUGUCCUUAGCCAGUUCUUGUCAGCUCCUCGUACUACUCACUAUGUAGCAGUUCUUCGCAUUCUUCGCUAUAUCAAAGGCACUCUAUUUCAUGGCCUUUAUUUUUCUACCCAUUCCUCUUUGUCCCUUCAGGCAUACUUCGAUGCUGAUUGGGCUGGUGAUCCCACUGAUCGUCGUUCUACUACUGGUUACUGUUUGUUUCUUGGAGACGCUCUCAUUUCUUGGCGUGCUAAGAAGCAAACAUUCACUGCUAGAUCGAGCACAAAAGCUGAGUAUUGUGCCCUCGCUGACACUACUGCUGAAAUUGCCCAUAAUGAUGUCUUUCAUGAACGCACCAAACACAUUGAGAUUGAUUGUCACUUUGUUCGGCAGCGUAUCCUUAUUGAUGUUGUUCGUCUCAUUGCUGUUGGAACACUAGAUCAGACUGCUGAUAUCUUCACAAAAGCUCAUCACCCGACUCGUUUCUGGACUUUGUUAUCCAAACUUAAGAUGGUAUCCUUAGCUCCCACUUGA